ACCAAGACAAAUUCACAACUUCCAUCCUUUUUGAGCCUGUUACUGGAACUGCCACAAGGAAAUGGUUAUUCAAGGAGGAGGUAUGAAUGGGACAGCCAUUGAAAAUUUUGCCUGUGUCAUUUUUAAUGUUUCCUUCAUGAACUGCACUUGGCAUGCAGGCAGGACUGCUUCAGGAGAUACCCAAUAUUUCCUAUACUGGAAGACCUCAAGGAAAGAAGAUUUCACGGAAUGCCAGAAUUACAUCAAAGACAACUGGGGAAGGCAUACAGGAUGUAGAUUCCAAAAUGUGACAAUAGAGAAUAAGAGAGCAUAUUUCUUGGUAAAUGGGUCUAGAAGUGGAAAAAACAUUCAAUCAUAUGAGAAGAUUAUUGUUCUGUACAAAAUUGAAAAACUCACCCCUCCAUUAAAUGUCACUGUGAACUGCACAGAAGCUUCUCAUGGUUGUGAAAUUCGGUGGCAACCACCUCGCACAAGUCACGUGAAAAAACAUAAUUGUUUCAAAUAUGAACUGGUAAUAGAAAAUAAGUCUGAUCCUGAGAAAAACAUCAAAACAAUAUCUAAAACAGAAAAAAGCAUCACGGUAAACUCCUACAUAUUCGAGAGCUUCAGCACAGAAAAAAGGUACAGCGUCAAAAUCAGAGCAACUGACAAUGGUUGUUUGGUAAGCCCAAGCUGGGGAGAGUGGACUGCACCCAUAGAGUUUGGAAAAGAGAAACUUACCUCUACUUCAUCAUAUCCAUUCUUUCUGAUACCAAUGCUGGCAGUGAGUCUCAUGCUUUUUCUCUGCACAGUAAACAGUUAUUUGAGUAGAACAUCUGCCACAGUACCACAGCCAAGAGAUCUCUUCCGUGAGCUCUCUCCAACAGAUUUCCAGGUGGAACAUAAGAAUCAACUAAUAAAGCAUGAAACCGAAGAAAUAAUAACAAUUAUUGAGGAAGUGACUUAAUUGCAUGCAAAUGAAAUAAGCAACUCGAUUUUUUUCAAACAACUAUAUCUUGUUUGCAGUAAUUUAUAUUUUUCUCAUAUUCUCUCCCUCUUGC